AUGUUCUGUGCACAGCAGAUGAUGGCAGCAAGUGCAGUUCUUCGCUUUCUGCCUGAAAUGGCCAAACAAAAUUCCCUGUCACUAGCUGAGGUUGUGAAACGAGUUGCAAAGCAGCAGCAGUCACAGGUGUCAGAUAUAGAAAAAAGCAAAACAGUGCUUUUCCAGUUGCAGGCAAAGUAUCAGGAACUAGAAAAAGAAAUUAAUUCUAUUCUGUUGGAAACAAAGACAACAGAAAGGGAAAUACAUCUGCAAAAUGAUGCCAUAGAAGUGACAAAAUAUCAGUGUGAAAAUCUGGAGGCCCAAGUCAGAGCCCUGUAUUCUGAAAAUUUAAAAUUGAGGUGUGAUGCAGAAACAGUACAAGAGGAGUUUGAGAUGAUACUUACAAGAAAUAAUGAAUAUCGGGAAAAAAUAAAGGAUCAUAAACAUCUGUUUUGGGAGAUGGAAAGUAAAUUGCCAGUUAUGAUUGAACUUGCUAAAAAGAAAGCAGUUGUGGAAGAAUUAAAGGCAAAAAAAGAGGAGUUAAUAUGUGAUCUCCAGAGUCCAGAAGGAUCUGUUAUGAAACAAGUGCAGGAAGAAAUCACACUGUUAAAAAGCGAAAUCACAACAUUGAAAGAUUUCAUCAACAAAAAAAGAGAUCUGCUGGAAGAAGAGAAUAAAAAGCAUGCUAAGCUUAGAAAAGAAAUUGAGGUACAGAAUAAAAGAUAUGAUGCUAUUUUAAAACGUUUGCAUUGCCAACUGAACAAAGUCCAUUCAAAUAAAAGACAAUGGCACUGGAACAUUCAGCAGUUGGAGAGGAAGGCCGCAGAACUAAGAAAGUGUCUUGGAGUAGCAGAGUUACAAAACAUGUAA